AUGGCUGAAAAGGAACACAUCGACACGAGCGGUCACGGCACCAGACGGCCAUCAGGGCACACACCACCGACGGCCCACAUAGCACCUGUUGCGGAACACGCCCCUCUGGCAGAACAUCAUGCACCACUUCGCACCGAACAUGAGGCAGCACCUCUGGCAGAACAUCGUGCACCACCUCUGGUAGAACAUCAUGCAGCACUUCGUGCCGAACAUGAGGCAGCACCUCUGGUAGAGCACUCAAUCGCAGCACCCGCACCGAGGAGACCACCAAUUCCGCCACCAGAAGGGCCAGGAUUCAGGUAUCCUCCCGAAGGGUACGAUCCCCCUGGCCCAGGAGAGAUUUUCCACGCAAGUGGAGCGUCUAAAAGAGAUGAAUCAUAUACAUCUAUGCCAACUAGCCGCACACCACCUCCAUCUUCAAUUUACGGGAACUUGAAACCACACUCCGGUGGCGCGGGUAAAGCAGGCUACCCUUUCUUCGGAUCGGGUUACGCAGACGUGCCAGGUAUGCCAAACUUGACAGAGGAAAAGAAGCUUGCAGCUGGGAUAGCCACACCACGUCCAGCUCUAGCGACGGGACCGGCAGUCGCACCGCCCGGGGGUCACCGAGAGAUCAGAGGGCCAGCAGGCGACUUCCAUGGGGCGCCGACGCGCCACUUCAAUCCAGAAGAACAUAUGCUGCCUCCUGUGUACAAUCGAUUCAAAACCUUGAAAGACGAGGGAAAGCAAAACAUAGUCAACAAUAGUCUGAGGCACGCUACCGGUCCACUUCGAGUGGGAUCGAGCGGAAUUGGCGCAUCCACUGGGGAAUUGCCAAUCACAACGACCGAUGGGUUUCAUACAUCUCGGGAUCCUCACGGCGAUCAUGUGACAUUCGCAGUGGACCCGGCCAUAAAUACGGAUGGCACCACUCACCUGUAUCACACGGGGUCAAGCAGUUCUGUCGGGCCACCUGGGCCUGACGGCGAUCGACCAGUACACGAAUUCUUCAACGACGAGGACUUCCCGCUACCUCCCGUGGUGGGCCUUCCCCAUCCGUUUCCUUUACGCCUCGUUGAAGACGCGACCCCAACAGCGGGAGUGCCAUACUAUCCUGAUCCCGAUAAGGCAGCAGCGGCGGCUGAGCGACUAGGCAGCUAA